AUGCUAUGCUCUUCCAGCUCUGGUCUGAGGGACUCCACCAGCAUUUCUAUUUUGAUGGGGAGAUGUUUUGAAUAAUAAUCGUGAAGCCUUUCAGUCAGUGUGUGUGUGAGUGUGUGUGUGUGUGUUGACUGAAACCGAGAAGGCGAGGGGGAGAGCACAGCUCACAGCACAACGCUUGCUGAAGGCUGCAGUGCUUCUUUCUCCUGGAGUAGUCAGUCCAAACGGAUGUUUAUUGAAGAGGGAUUUUUUUAAUAGAAAAAGUCACACAAGAAUCUUAUUUUCCAAAAUGGGUGCAGUGAUGGGCACGUUCUCCUCUUUGCAGACCAAGCAAAGAAGAUCCUCUAAAGGUCAGCUGUAUGUUAUGGACUACGCUCCUCGACAAAAUAAGUCAGACAAAAUAGAUGAGGAGCUGGAAAUGACAACAAUCUGUUAUCGACCAGAAGGACUGGAACAACUUGAAGCACAAACAAACUUUACAAAACUAGAGCUGCAAGUUCUCUACAGAGGUUUCAAAAAUGAAUGUCCUUGUGGAGUUGUUAAUGAAGACACAUUUAAACAGAUCUAUUCACAAUUUUUCCCUCAUGGAGAUGCAAGUAUGUACGCACAUUAUCUCUUCAAUGCAUUCGAUGCGGAUCAGUCAGGAUCAGUUAAAUUUGAGGAUUUUAUAUCAGCUUUAUCAGUCUUGCUCAGAGGAACAAUUCAUGAAAAGCUGAGGUGGACCUUUAAUCUGUAUGACAUAAAUAAAGACGGAUAUAUAAACAAAGAGGAAAUGAUGGAUAUAAUUAAAGCCAUAUAUGACAUGAUGGGGAAAUAUACAUACCCUGUUCUCAAAGAUGAUGCCCCUAAGCAACAUGUGGAACUAUUUUUUCAGAAAAUGGACAAAAAUAAAGAUGGAGUCGUAACUUUAGAUGAGUUCAUUGAAUCAUGCCAAGAGGUAAAACAUUUUAUUUCAUUUGCUGAUCUAUUCAGCAUUCUAUAA